AUGGCGUAUGUGCUAUUCCCCAGGUGACUAAUUUGGGCAUACAUUGAUGUCUACCUUGAUGCAUUUGGGGCGGCUCAUAUGUAUCGAUCCUCGGCUGUUCACCAGGAUGUUACAGGCAGAGGCGAUAAAUCUGACCGACAAACUCUUGUACAGUCUUUUGAUCUCCAUGUACGCACACGAUAUGUCUCAAGAUAUCCAUGUCUUCAUGGCUGUGCUGUCUUAUUUAGAUUUGAUCUGGUGGCAGACAUCCUGGCCCCCUAUUCAAUCCUACUGUACCUGCGGACCGAGAGAUUCCUAAAAGGCUGGAGUUGCACACGGAAACGCCUCCUCACAGCUCAUGACGUGACUGAUACCUCGGUGACCGUGGCGGCGGCCAGUGAGGAGGCGAUCGCGGGCCCAUCAGCUGCUGAAAAGGAUGCUGCAAGCAGCCCAAUGAGUCAUCAAAGUCACUCAUUGCUGUCAGCAGCCCUCUCUUUCAUCAGCACGGAGCCUAGAGGGAUGAAGACAUCUCAAGGGCUGCAGCUGGCUUUAGCGAGGCUCGAGGUCACACCACGGUAUAUCUGCAGUCAGUCUGCAUUCAUAUGUAGUCGAAUGAAUUGAUCCUCUGGGCGCCUCUCUCUCUCUCUCUCUCUCUUUCUGUCUGUCUGUCUGUCUGUCUGUCGGUGUCUCCGUCCUUUCGUCCGCAUUUAUCUGUCUCUCUGUCCGUCGUCGUUCAUCCCUCUCUCCCUCCCUCCCUCCCUCCCUCCAUUCAUCGUCAGCUACCUGUAAAGCUAUGGCUUUUGCCAGCUUGUACUUUCAUUCUGUUAUCCACUCUAUUUCUUUUCCUUCUCUCCCAGGCGUUCUCUGGCCGAACAGGUGCACAUUUGGUCUCUGACCGAGAUGGUGGCGAUGCUUUACACCAACGUAGGGGUCCUGGGCGCCUCUGUCCGCCGCAAAGGUAUAUCACCUCUUCACUUCCUCGAAGGCCUUGCCACCAUUUUUGUGCUGAUCCUCAUUGAAUGCACAUUCGAGGCAUUGGUAGGUAUGCAUAUCGACUGCUUCUAUCAUUUGAAUGAUUGUGUUGGUUAUCAGGUCUUUUCUGGAUGGCGAGGUACAAUUUGCCGGUUCUGA